AUGACUUCUGUCAUGGUGCCAUAUUACGCUCAACCCGAUGAGCUUCCUUGUCCUCUCCCAACAAAACAGCAAAUCCAUAGUUCUGAAGAGAUCUUCCUCGAUUACGGCGAGGGUCGAAAAGUGGUCGGGUUCGGCCACAAUUUUGUCGUCAAGUAUGGGCUCAACGUUGAGCUGAUAGAGGGAGAGAACAUGCUGUUUAUAGCACAGCUGAAGGACACAUCCGUUCGAGCGCCGAAAGUUUAUGCAUUGUACGAGGAUCCGAAAGACGAAAUGAGAUACAUAGUAAUGGAAAGAAUCACCGGCGUUACUCUUUUGUCUGUCUGGAGUUCUCUUGAGGCUCCACAAAAAGAAGCCAUAUGUGCUAAAUUGCGUCGUAGUAUGGAUACUUUACGAAAGCUACCCUCACCUGGAGGAUACUGCAGCAUUGGUCGACGGCCACUCGAAGACUGCAUGUUUUGGACCAGCAAAGAUAGUGACGAGACAGAGUCACCAGUGGAACAGGUCAAUGGUCCAAUCGACACCCCUCUCAAUGGACCGUUCGACACUGAAGAAGAAGUAAAUUCGGCAAUGAUCAAGAAAUACCUCUACAAUAACGCUCCUCGCGGCAAAGCUGUGUUUUAUGAGCGAGCUCUACCAAAAGUGCUAUGCAACCACCCACCAGUGUUUACUCAUGGGGAUUUACAGCGCAAAAACAUCAUGAUCAACCGGAUUCCAGACAUCGACAAAGCAGGCAAUGUGGUGGACGAAGAGCUAGAAGUUGUGCUUAUAGAUUGGGAAGUGUCUGGCUGGUAUCCGAGUUAUUGGGAACACUCGAGGGCAAUGCAAGGUUGUGGGCGCUUUGAGGACGACUGGCAUUAUUGGUUGGGCCAGAUUUUGGACGAAUAUUUGACUAUAUGGGCGUGGACUAAUAUGAUGUUUCUAGAAUUAUGGUCAUAA